AUGGACAGAAAAAGUACUUGUGAGUGCAAAUCAGAAUCUCAUGCGAUUUCAAAGCCAAAAAGUAAGUCCACCCAAUCCAUCAAAAAGUGUCGGUCUCAAAAGGAUGCAAAAGUCACCGAGAACAAUCAACUGCGGAAGAAACCAUUAGAGGACGGCAAGACGAAGGCAUCAGGGGGAGCUGCAGACAAGACGGACGUUGCUGAGGACCAGACGGCGACGGCGAGGGCGGAAGGACGUCUGGCCGAGGUGGAGGCGCAGCUGCAGGCGCUGCAGGAGAGCUACCGCCAGAAACAGUGGCGCCACUUCCGGUACCUGCUGCCCGGCGCGGCCGCCGCAGCCGGUCUGGGCCCGGAGUCCGACCUAGCAGCCGCCGCCAUCGUCUCUCUGAGGGACCAGGUGGACGCCCUCCAGCACACGCUCCAGGAGAUUCAGGAACGAGGUGAAGACUCAGACGUGGUAUCUUUGAAGACCGAGGUGCGCCGUCUGCGGGAAGAGAAGAACAGGCUGACCGACAGGGUUCAGAAGGCUCUGGACAUGGCCAACACUUAUCGCCAGCAGCUGGAGGAGGCCGACGGCCAGCUGGAACGAGCAAACAAGCGCCAAACCGAGCUGGAGCGCGACUACGCCCUGGCGCACAAGGCCCUGGAGUCGGUGAUUUGCGAUGCCAGCGACCAGGAGUACGCGGUUAACGUGGCGCAGGCUGGCCGGCGUAACGCAGACAUCACCCUGCAGCUACAGCUGCGUGUGGCCGAGCUAGAGAAGGAACUGCAAGCGGAAAAGGCGGCUCGCGCCCAGCUGGAGGCGGAAGCUGCCGAGAGGGUACGGCCGCCUCCACCGCCCCCACAGCCAUCCGCGCUGUCCGUCAAGCGCGACGCCAAGAAGGCGGGCAACCCAGGUACCAAGAAGGGGAAGGGCGGCGACGGCGAAGAGGGGCCUACGGUCGAGGAGUUGAUGGAGCGUCUGCACACGGUGACCGCAGAGCUGCAGGAGGCGAGGGCGCUGCUCGAGGAAGCUGAGGCCACCCGGAAACGGCAGGCCGCCGACUACGCCGUCCUGCGCGAAGACGUGCGCGACCUGCACUCCAGGGUGGCGGCGGUUACGCAGCUCGCCAAGCGGGAGCGCACGUUCUCGGACGCGCUGAAGGAGGCACUGGAGGACAUGGAGGUGCAGUGGCGGAAGCAGUUCGAGGACGACGAGGAGCAGCUGAGACAGGCGGAGCGCCGCCAGAAGGAGGCAGACCUGAAGCUGGAGGCGGCCGAGGGCGCGCUGGUCUGCUGCCACCGCGAGGCGGCCCGCCUCGCCGCCAGCCUCGAGGUCUGCCACGAGAGGGCGGCGGCGCUGCGCCACCAGCUGCUCGCCGCGCUCCCGCAGCCGCCGUCAAAGAUGAUAGAGUUUCUUGGGCAAAAGCUAGAUGAAACAGAACGCGAACUGGAGGAGGUGCGGAAUCAGCUUCGAGAGGAACAACAAGUGUCUGCCACUCUAGAAGCAGAGCUAUGUGACUAUGAUGACUACUUCAUUGAUGGUACAGUGACAAGUUACAGGAUGGCACUGUCAUUUGCUGGAACAAGGCAUGCUUUGCAGGGCUACACAUACAGAUGGGCACAGCUGAACAAAGAUAGAUGGGUGAGGACGUGGAUAGUGAGGGGGAAGGUGGUGGUGGAGCAUGAGAGGUUACAAAAAAAAGGUGGGAAGAGGAGACAGUCAUACAGAGAAGAGGGAGAAGGAGUGUAUAAUCCAUAUAUUGUCCACAAACAUAUACAGAAUCCUUUGGAUAACACAAACAUCAAAUCAGAAUUUCCAACACAAAAUCUCUACAUCCAAAAAGUAAUAGAUUCAGAAUGA